UCAUAAAAUGUCAGAUUUAUGAUGUUGUUGUAGAGCUCCUCAUGUAGUAAAAAACAUGAAACUAAAGAAAAAUAUUGUAGAAUUAUUCGAUGAAGCUAAGACGAAUAAUUCUUACGUUAAAAUAUGUGCACCAAUGGUCAGAUACAGUAAAGUUCAAUUCAGAACACUUGUAAAAAACUAUGGCACUGAACUUACCUUCACGCCUAUGAUAUUAGCCGACUCGUUCUGCCAAAAUUCAAAAGCUCGGACUAAUGAGUUUUCCACAACAACGAGUGACUCUCCAUUGAUAGUUCAGUUUGCAGCAAACAACGCUCUUGAUUUUGCUGAUGCAUCCAAGUUGAUCUAUCCUUAUGCUGAUGGAGUGGAUUUAAACUGUGGUUGUCCACAAAAAUGGGCCAUGAAAGAUGGUUAUGGAUGCGCUUUAUUGUCUAAACCUUUAACCCUUAAAUUGAAAGUGACUGCCUGA